AUGUCAUACAACAAUACACUUCCAUCAAAUAUUUUCUCCAAUCAUCACCAAUUCAUGCAAAUUUGUGAUUAUGACGACAAUGAUGUUGAUGAUGAUAACAAUCAUGAUCAUACUAGUAAUACCAGUCACAAUAUGAUCCAUCCAACAUCCAACUGGUUCACACCACAAACUGCACAGGCGAUCUCAUCUAUAUUACCCAUUCCCAAUUCUACCUCCUCCACAUCUGUGAUUCACACUAAUGUGGAUAAUCACAGUGAUUCCCAAUCAUUUUCCUCACAAACAGAUCCAUUCCGCUUAGCAUUCGAAACAUCACCUAUUCAUACAAACACCAUUCAUCAUUACAAUACGAAUUGUAAUCGUCAUCUUCAUUCUGGUAUACAACAGUACAACUCCUUGUUCAUUCCAUAUCACAAUUACAUCAACCAAUGGAACAAUGUGCAGACGAACAAUGUCACUCCACCUGUCGACGACAACCACAACAAUGUGAAUGUGGCCAAAAUAAAGGGAUUACAUCACAAUCAUCCACAACGUCGUCAACAUCACCGUCAUCACCACAAUCACCAUCGCCAUCACCAUCAACAACAAUUCCAAACUCACAAUGUCAAGCCGUGUGAUCUGAUCACAGAAGAUGAACCGAAACCGAAUUUCAGUUAUAUUGGAUUGAUUGCAAAGGCCAUACUCAGUACACAAGAAAGACGUAUGAUAUUGUCAGAAAUCUAUCAAUGGAUUCAACUACGUUAUCCAUAUUUCAGUACACGUGGACCAGGAUGGCGUAAUUCCAUUCGACACAACUUGUCAUUGAAUGAUUGUUUUAUUAAAGUCGGUAGAGCAGCAAAUGGGAAAGGACACUAUUGGGGAAUCCAUCCAGCCAACUUGAAAGACUUUCUCAGUGGUGACUUCAGAAGACGUAGAGCACAACGCAAAGUACGUCGGGCAUUAGGACUGAGUCGACCUGACGAUAAAAUUCAUGAUGAUGACGACGACGACGAUGAUGAUGAUGGUGAUGACGUUGAUGGUGAUGGUGGUGGUGGUGGUGUUAGUGGUGAUCGAGUUGAUCACCGAAACUCACCAACACUCAAUUCUCCACUCAUUCCACAAACAUUUCUCCGAUUUCUACAUCCAUACAUACCCACAUAUCAGCUGAUCAGAUCUCAUCCACUCUCCACUCAACAUCCAGUCAAUGUCAGUUUCAAUGUGGUCAACUUGAUUGAUCACAAACUCAAUCACAAUGAUCUUGAUCGUGAUUCCGAUUCUACUCGUAAUCAUGAUGAUGAUGAUGAUGAUGAUGAUGAUGAUGAAGGUGUUGUUGUUGUUACUGAUGUAAAUAAUGAUGCUACAAUCUGUAAAAUGAUGAAGUCACAACAAUAUCAUGUACACAAUGAAGGUGAUCAGAAGACUGAUCUUGAUCAGAAUGAAUCACAAGAUGAUGAUGAUGAUGAUGAGGAGGAGGAGGAAAUUCCACUGGAAUUACAUCCAGCAAAACUCACAAUCAAUUGA